AUGAGAAGAAGACCUGGAAUUGGAGGGUUGCAGACAGCUGCUGCUGCAAGGGAUCAGUAUCGGUUGUUGGGUGAGAAUGUAGCAAAGAUCAGAACUGAUAUGAUGAAGGAACAGCUUUCCACGUUUCGUUCUCAGCUUGAAGAUUUUGCUCGCAAGCAUAAGAAUGACAUCCGCAAGAACCCUGCAUUCAGAUCACAGUUUCAUGAGAUGUGUGCUAAGGUUGGAGUAGAUCCCUUGGCCUCAAAUAAGGGAUUUUGGGCCGAACUGUUGGGAAUUGGUGAUUUCUAUUAUGAACUUGGAGUUCAAAUAGUGGAUAUUUGCUUGGCUAGUAGACCCCUCAACGGUGGAUUAAUCAACCUGCAGGAACUGUGUAAUCUCCUUCGCCAGAGACGAAAAAGUGACAGAGGAGUUGUUUCUGAGGAUGAUUGCCUGCGCGCUAUCAGUAAACUGAAGGUUCUAGGUAGCGGGUUUGAAGUUAUUUCUGUUGGAAAGAAAAAACUUGUUCGUUCAGUUCCAACUGAGCUGAAUAAAGACCAUAACGAAAUUCUAGAACUUGCCCAGGGUCAAGGGUUUGUGACUGUUGAUCAAGUAGAAAAGCGGUUAUCUUGGACUUCGGGUCGUGCCAUUGAUGCACUUGAUACAUUACUUGAUGACGGACUUGCAAUGAUUGAUGAUGGCCACAAAGAUGGAAAACGGCGGUACUGGUUUCCGUGUGUAUCACCCAUUUCAUCUUUGACAGGAACUGAUUCCUUGUAA